AUGCUACUUUCUCACACACUAUGGUGUGUCUUUAUGCUCCUGAUGAGGUUUUCUAACCUCGUGGAGGCAAGAAGGAAACUUACAGCUACAUCUUUAGUUACUUGUAUGGAAAACUCUCAAUUAUCGGCUAGAAGUUUUGACGUCGUGUUCGACCCAGAUGACAGAUCCCUACAUUACACAUUGGAUAUGUCCACACAGAUCGAUGGCUACAUCUUCGCGUAUGUUGAUGUAUACGCGUACGGUUUCAAAGUUAUCACAAAGAGUUUUGACGUCUGUUCCAUGAACUGGAAACAAUUCUGUCCCGUCCACCCAGGUAACAUUCAAAUCGAUUCUAUCCAGUACAUUUCGCAAGAGUACGUAAAUAUGAUCCCCGGUAUCACUUACCAAGUGCCAGAUAUUGACGCCUUUGUCAAACUUUACAUUUACAAUGACCAGAACGAUAUCUUAGCUUGUAUUCAGGUUUUCUUCAGUAACGGUAAGACAGUGUCUCAAACAGGUGUGAAAUGGGUCUUUGCCGUCAUUGCUGGUAUUGGUCUGCUGCUUUCAGCCACUUUGUCUACCUUCGGUAACUCCGUGGCUGCUUCUCACAUUUCUGCCAACACUAUGUCUUUGUUCUUAUACUUUCAAUCUGUCGCUGUUGUUGCAAUGCAACACGUUCACAGUGUUCCUCCUAUUGCUGCAGCCUGGUCAGAAAACAUGGCUUGGUCUAUGGGUUUGAUCAGAGUCAGCUUCAUGCAAAAAAUCUUUCGUUGGUACGUUCAAUCCACAGGUGGUACCCCUACACUUUACUUGACCGCAACAACCAUGUCCGUUUUAACCCAAAGGGCCAUUGACUAUGUGAGGAACUUAGAAUAUGUUAAACGUGCCGAAAAUAUCCUAUACGGUAAUCAAAACACACUUAUCUUUAGAGGUAUCAAGAGAAUGGGUUACAGAAUGAACAUUGAAAAUACAUCCAUUGUUUGUACAGGUUUUACCUUUUUCGUGUUAUGUGGAUAUGUCUUGGCUGCAUUUAUCAUUGUCUGCAAAUACUCCCUUGAAUUAUCAAUCAGAAACGGAUGGAUUAAGGCUGACAGAUUCCAAGCUUUCAGAAUUAACUGGAAAGUUCUAUUAAAAGGUGCUAUGUUAAGAUACAUCUACAUUGGCUUCACUCAGUUGACUAUUUUAAGUUUCUGGGAGUUCACCGAAAGAGACUCUGGCGCUGUUAUUGUUAUUGCGUGCUUGUUCUUGAUCUUAUCUAUCGGUUUGAUGGUAUGGGCGUCAUACAGAACAACUUACUUCGCCCGCAAGUCUGUCCAGAAAUACAACAACCCAGCAGCCUUGCUUUAUGGUGAUGACUACGUCCUAGACAAAUAUGGUUUCUUUUACAGUAUGUUCAGUGCGAACUUUUACUGGUGGAAUAACAUCCUAUUGGGCUACGUUUUUAUUAAGUCAUUGUUCAUUGGUUUUGCACAAGCAUCAGGUAAAACUCAAGCAUUGUCCAUUUUCAUUCUUGAUUUGUUUUACUUCGUUGCAAUUAUAAGAUAUAAGCCAUACUUGGAUCGUCCUACAAAUAUUAUGAACAUUGUUAUCUGCCUUGUUACUGUGAUCAACUCAUUCUUGUUCAUGUUCUUUUCUGAUUUGUUCAACCAAAAAUACGCCGUUUCCGCUAUUAUGGGUUGGGUUUUCUUUAUUAUGAACGCUGCGUUCUCCUUCAUUUUACUAAUGAUGAUCUUAGCCUUUGCAUACAUGAUAGCUUUCACAAAGAGUCCUGAUACCAGGUUCAGACGUGCUAAUGACGAUAGAGCUGCCUUCCAAAAGAAGAAUGCUGCUUAUCACGGCGACGUCCUAGAGAGAAGCGGUAGCAAGAUGAAGAACUCUGCCACCGCGGAUCUGUGGGCUCUUGGUAACAUGGCUGGUGAUCAUGAAGCUAAUUGGGAAGCAAAUGCUAACGUCAAGAAAAACAGGCUAUCUAAUAUUUUCCUCGGUCCAGAUGAAGAUUAUGAUGAUGAAGAAGAAUUUGCAAACCAAACAUUUACUCAACGUGUUAUCCGUAAAUUGUCUAUGAAGCGUGGAAAGAGUAAGAGAAGUAACAGACCGGAGAUUGAGAGAAGGUACAGUGAUGGUACGUCCACGAACGGUUCUUCGGCUAACAAAUCUGAGCCUAAGGUCUUAGAAGGUGAGUUAAGUAAAGAUGAAGAAGAUAUCAACUUUGUUAAUCACCUAGUAACACCCAGAUCAUCAUACUCAAGCGGCGGGUCCCCUGUGAGGAGGUCAUACAUUGGUCUAGAAGGUAACAGUUCACAUGAUAUACAGGCCAGAGAGAAUCUGAUGUCUGCUCGUGAUGAGUCACAGAGGUUUUCUGACUUAACGGAUAUCACUGGUCCACGUAUGGACCCAUUCAGAGACAACAACUCUAACACCGUACGCUACAGCAACGGAGCUCUAGGUCCACCAAGAGACAUAAGCUUGGACAGUAUACCUUAUGCCAACCAGGAGGCAACUAACUCCACAGAUAUAUUGGACCAGUCCGGUAAAUACCUGUAG